AUGGCAUCUAUAUCCCCCGACCAGCUAAAAGUCCUCGAACAAACCCGCCAACGCCUCGUCCAGCUAACCCAAUCCCUCGCCUCAUUCAUCAACAACAUAAACCAAAGCGACCCGCUCCCGUCCUGGUCCUCCCUCCAAUCUCAAGCCACCAUAAUCUCCAACAACCUCCUCAACGUCUCCCAACAACUUACAGACCACCACGACCUUUUUGCAUCGCUGGUCGCCUACCCCACCCCUCAGUUUCCCGGCCGCACCGAAGCAUCCAUGCUUUCUCAGUUAUUACGUACAAAACUCGAACCCCGCGUCGAGGACUGGGUCUUCCAGGGACUUUCCAUGGGAAAUGCAGAUGCCACGAGGCUCAGGACGGGGCUGACGGAGCAUCAGCUGGCGGAACUCUGGCAGUGGGCGCCUAUCGAGGCGAAUAUGGAGGCGAGGAGGAGGAAUUGGGGUGGCAAUUAUACCCUGGAAGAAAAGGAGAUGGGGGUUAAGAAUGUCGUGACUGGGUUGCGGAGGAAUCUGAGUGAGGAGGAGAGCGGGAGUGAGAGUGGGAGUGAAGAGGGUGAAGGACUUGAGGGGGCAGGCAUGGAGGUUGUGAGCAUGCAGAGACGGCCGGGUGGUAGUGGGGUUCAGUUCGAGAUUUCGAGUGCGGGACAUGGGCCACCUGCGCAGUUGUCAACUGCACUAUCGUUGGAAGAUGUGUUUAGGUUCAUGAUGACGGGAGCGGCCCCAAGGGGUCGUUAA